CGAAAUGACUUAGGACUCUUGGGGGGUCCCCUAAAAUGUAACUAUAAUAAUACUGAAAAAUACCUUGCUACACUAUAUACUGAAGGCAAAAUGAUAUUGACAUAUUUUGAAGGUGGGAUAAUGGUCUUUUUUUCUGUUUUUCAUGGUUUGGGCUGGUCCCAGUAUUGUAGUGGUGUCUGGAGGAGUGGAUUGGCUAUAAUCAAACAGGUCGUCAUGCAGGGAAACAGGAAUGGGAUGACUCCCAUCAGCAGAGACAGGCUCAUCGCGGAGUUCCCAAAGUGCUACACGCCUCACGCCUCUCUGCAGCUGAGGACAGAUUGGGACAUUCGGGCUAAAGUGGGCUUUAAGGACGGAGCCACUCGGCAUCAGCCGUGGGACCGGCAGAGAAUGUCAAAAGUGGUGGUAGUCGGAGACCUUAAUGUGGGGAAGACCUGCCUCAUUAACAGGUUUUGUAAAGAUGUAUUCGAAAGAGACUACAAGGCCACCAUAGGCGUGGACUUUGAAAUUGAGAGGUUUGAGGUUUCUGGAAUACCAUUCUCCCUUCAGAUCUGGGAUACUGCUGGGCAGGAAAAAUUCAAGUGCAUUGCUUCUGCAUACUACAGAGGUGCUCAGGUUAUUAUUACAGCCUUUGACAUGGCCGACAUUAAGUCUCUGGAUCAUACACGCCAAUGGUUGGAGGAAGCCAUGAGAGAAAAUGAACCUGGCUCCUGUUUCAUCUUCUUGGUUGGAACCAAGAAUGACCUCCUGCCGUUAGAUGAAAGACAGAGGACAGAAAAAGACGCCAUCAGGAUAGCAGCAGAAAUGCAAGCAGAGUUUUGGGCUGUUUCUGCUAAAACGGGGGAGAACGUGCAGGGGUUUUUCUUCAGGGUGGCAGCACUGGCCUUUGAGAAGAGUGUUCUGAAGGACAUGGAGAGUGGGCCGCCGGCCCGCAUUGGACAUGGAGGUAGUAUCAAAUCCGAUUGUGCAAACUUAGAGAAGGCCUCCCCCCACGACAUGAAGAGAGGUUGCUGCUGAGGAAACAAGGAGGCGCUCAGGAGAGCAGACGGAGCCGCAGAGGCUCGGUUUGGGACUGCUUCAUAUGGCAAAGGCUUAAACUAGUACACUCCUGAGAAGCAGCUCAUUCAGGAUUAAAGCUGAAAAAACGAACUCUCUUUGCACAUAACGAACAUUAGGAGUUUGUUUGUUUUCAUUGAAUAGCUGUCAGUAUAUUUAAUGCGUAAUUUAGAACAUGCCAACAACAAAUCAGACACAUGCCAUUAAAAUGCAUUCAGUUUCAAUGUCAUAUCGUCCACCUGGCAAGUACUGGACCAGACUCCUUUGGGAGGGCCCGUAUGGAUCCAUGUGGAUGCUUUAUUAUUGGUUUGCUGCUGUCGUAGUGUUGUUUUUUUUCAAACAGGAUUGUUGUGGAAUAUGUAUUAUAAUGUAAAUUAUUAGUCAUACCUUGAUGCAUUGGAGCAAUAGCCAACCGCUGCAGCUGUGCUUUUAUGAAAGCAGUAUUGUUGUCAAAGCAUAUUAAAGUGGUUUAUGUUACUUUUAUUUGUACUCGUAGGUAGAGUUUCUUUACAAUAGAGGCAUCCAUCAGACAACAACACAGACAUUAUGAAAGUACACAAGGCUACACAUAAGUUAAUCAAUAAAUAACAACCGUUUGUGGUCUU